AUGUGGAUAAUCUUCACAAUUUUCUUUCUUUCUCUCGCCUUGCUUCUCCUGAGUGAUACCGCACUAUCUGCGGCGUCGUCUUUCAGUUCCUGUGAUCCAGCGUGUCAGAAGCAAUAUCGUGCCUUGCUGGUAGCCGAAGCCGCGUCAUGGGUUACCUUCAAUAUCAACACCGAUCCUUUCUAUGACAACCCCGCCAAUCUCUCUUCAUAUCACGCUGGAGAUGUCGUGAAAUGGCAAGACCUCUCCUCAACCGAAGUUACCGCCAUGUGGGAUAUCCCCGGGGGCAUGAGUCUCUCCCGCAUCUUCUACAUGAGCGAGGAUAUCCAUGGCAAUCCCAUACCCGCCACUGGGUACGUCUUAUUCCCCUACUCGAGCCCAGUUGGGGGCAACAGACCUUUGCGAACAGUCGUUUUCACACACGGCACUGCUGGCGGAACUGGCCAGUGUGCUCCAUCCAACCACAAGACCCUCUACUACUCUUGGAGCGGUCCAUUUGCUCUAGCCCAACAAGGGUAUCUCGUCAUUGCACCAGACUGGGCGGGACAGGGUAGUCACAUACCACCAGGGUUCACGUACGAGGCAGGUCGACUACACGCCAAGGAUGUUGGGUUUGCUAUCCAGGCCACCCGCAAAGAGCUCGGUGCUCAAAUCACUCAUGAGUGGGUGGUUGCUGGACACAGUGAAGGUGGUUUGGCAGCCUGGCGAGCAGCUGAGUACGAAGCAACCGAAAACGCCACAGGUGGACUCAUCGGUGCUGUCUCCAUGGCACCUGCGCUUCGUCCCUUGACGUUGAUGGAACAAUACAUUCGAGUCGGACAAAAGAAUUCCGGAGCCGGCGCCAUCGCAGUGUACUUGCUGCAAUCUAUCUCGCGGCUAUUUCCAUCACAGCUGAAGGUAGAAGACUACCUCUCGGAUGUGGGAAUGGCGCGACUCCCAUUACUCAACUCUGGAUGCUUGGAUUCCGGAGGAACUUUGGUAGCAGAUAUCGGUACCGCUGCCUGGUUCAAGAAUACCAGUUGGUUAACACAUGAAGUCACUCGCGACUGGAACGAUUGA